AUGACGGAGAAAAAUAUAGAAGGCAAAGAUAGCGUCCCUAAGAGUGAUAUUGUGUUGGGAGUUCUCAUACACUGCCAAGGAUGCGCACGUUCAAUCUGCAGCUCCUUGCGUGGAUUUGAAGGUGUGGAAGAAAUUGAAAUAGACUCGAAAAAUCAUCAGGUGACGGUGAAGGGGGCGAGAGCUGAUCCGAUCAAAGUUGUAGAGAGGGUUCGGAAGAAGUGUGGUAAGCAUGUGGAGCUUAUGACUCCAGUGUUGUCAGAAGAGAAGAAAGAAGAGAUUAAGGAAGAGCAAAAACAGGAGCCAAGAUUGGUUGAAAUAACUCUGAAAGUGAAUCUGCACUGCCCUGGCUGCGCCACGGAUGUGAAGCAAACCAUCCACAAAUUACAAGGAGUGGUGACAGUGGAAACGUAUCUGAAAGACUCGAUAGUGAAGGUGACAGGAAGCAUGGAACCGGAGAAGAUAGUGGACUUGGUGAAGAAAAGGGAAGGAAAGCAGGCAGUGAUUGUGAAACAGGAGAAGAAAGGAGGCAGUGGAAAGAAGGAUGAUCGGAAAAAGAAUCAGACGACGGGAGGAGAGUAUCAGAAAGGGGGGAGAAGGGAAAAGGAGUCGUCUUCCAUUUACGCAAAUUAUCCCUCACACCUUGUUUAUGCCCCUCAGAUUUUCAGUGAUGAAAAUCCUAAUGCUUGCUCCAUUAUGUAA